UUUCGAGAGCCAAUAGCGAUCUUUGCAACCGACGACGAUGGCGACGCCGCUCGCAGCCUUGUGCUACCGACUGGACAUCGUCGAGAAGAAGACCGUGGAAGGACAUGCCACCUUCCGCGCGACCCAGGCUUUGGUUCGCGACCUCGGUGAGGCCGAGGAGAAGCAUGCCAAGAUGCACCAAAAGUUGCUGGACGCCGUCAAAAGCCUGCCCCACAUGACGGAAAACGUCACGCAGCUCUACCAGGUCUGGCACACGGAGCUAGUAACGUACGUGCGCAACAUUAUGACCGCCAAGCAGCUCGCCGCAUCCGAACUGUUGGGCUCGAUCGUUCCGUCGCUUCAGCUUCACCUCGGUGAAUGCCAGGCCCAAACACGCCAGGUUCUUGUCGACAUUCGAACAUCGCACGAUCUCUACGUCAGCAAAAAGGGACACCUCGUGACUGUCAAGCAUCGGUAUACGAAAGCGGCCAAGGCCGCAGAGGCGCUACUCGAUCAACGCGAAGCAAGCAACACCAAAUUGGAGAGUGAUAUUGCAGGCAGAGCCUCACUUUCCGAUGCAGCUACGCCGUCUUUGGCCUCGCUACAGCAGCGCAAGCACGACGUCCUGAAUGCAAUUGAGGCUCGGCUUUCGAAGAGUCUCUCGGACGUCAGAGAGGCCCAAACGGUCUAUGCGACGGCCCACGCGGACGUUCUUUGCAAUCGAGAUGCCCACCGCCUCCUCAUCCUCACGAAGCUUGCUGAGUUGCAUCAUAUUGAGGAGCACCGAGUCGAGUGUCUCCAAGGAAAAGUUCUCGGCCCAUUUGCCAAGGUCUACGUCAAGCUGGCGCGCUCUCUGUCGCUAGCCGCAGACACAUUUUUUGUCGACGUGCGUCAAGGACUGGAGUCAUCCAUGAGCAUGCCAACGUUUGAAAACACACCUGGCGACGGGUCGUCUGACGCAUCUGUCGCCUCCCUCACCAGCGUGGCGACGCAAAUGAGAAAUGACGGGGACGUUACUGCCAAGUUAGCCGAGAUUUUUCAGCUGCUCCAAACCUUACACGAAGCCCACGCGAAGCGACUGCAGCAGCUUCUUUCUGCGAAUUGGACCCUCGGACCUCUCGAAGGUCCAUCUGUCCACAAGGCAUGGGACCAAGCGCUUGCAAGCCUCGAGAUCGCCGCGCAUGCCCACUCUGACUACGGCAAUGCCCUCCGGUGCAACAUUGCUCCGUUAUGGGCAGCGAUGUGCGCGGCCCAAGCUUCCACGAAGCGGCAGAUUGUCAACAUGGUCAACGACACCCAGAUGAAGCGGAUCGGAGUGCGCAACAACCAGCGCGACGCGUGCAGCCGGUACGAAAUGAUGAUCCGAGAAGUGGACGCUCGGCUGCGCCAAAUAAAGAGUGCGGAGAGAGAGGCGUCGACGGAGGCACAGCUGCCCCAACGGGACCGCUUUGUCGUCCUCACUUGGCGGGACCCCGCCAGUGUCCGCCUCGAGAAGCUUCAGAAAAGCCUCCAAGAGUUUCAAGAAACCGAGGUCGCGACUGCCACAAAGCAGCAGGCAUUUGCAAAAGAAGCGUCAGAAAUGUUUGCCAAGAUCUACGACGUUCUCGUCUCGACAGUGCACGGCGACUUCCAGAAUGCCAAAACAGUCGAGUGGGGUGCGCUCAUCAGCAUCUUGACGGUUUGGGAAGAUGUGCUCGGGGCCUUCACUCGGACGCUCGAUCGAUCGCUCGAAGAUGUCGUCGUGCAAGUCCGCGCAGUGAGCUAUGACGCUGAUGUGCUGGCAUUCGUGGCUGAACACGCUGUGCUACCGCCACCGGGCGUUGUCCAUGGCACGCCAAUGGAGCUCUACUACAGCCCUCGACUCACAGCUGUCAUUGAUCCUCCGUCGGUUCCGCUGAUCGCUGCCACGACGAGUGUGAUAAACUCGUGGCCCUUGAAACGCGAUCCACAGCAAGUCGAAGCUGCCAUUUUCUUCGUAUUGUGCAUGGGCACGAUAGUGCUUUACUGGAGUAUGGGCCUUGUGGAGACUCAAGUGCGCCUCGCCCAUGCGCUCGUGCUCGAGCUGGCCGAACCUGUCGCGACCUUGUGUCAGUAUUUGGAGACAGGCACCAAUUAAUGCGAGUGAGAGAAUGCAUCAAGCAGUACAACUUUGUAUUGCCACAGCGGC